UCCAAUGAGACGCGGAGAGGAGAGGCAGAGCGAGGGCAACGCCUCAAAGCACCGGGAAGCUCUCUCUAUCCAUCUCCAUCUCUCUCCCCUUUUUUCCCCCUCUCUCGCCUCCGUGAAACGUAAAGCGACCUCUCGUCUGGAUGUGGAUGCAGCUCUCGUCUUUUGUCACCACAGAAUAGCCGCCUAGCGUUUGUUUAUUCCUCCAUUAAAGAAUGAAGUGGUGACCGGCUCCUGGGAUUUUUGCUCUUUUCCCUCUCAGUGGCAGCAAGGUGGCGUCAUCUUUGUUGAGGGAGUGGGGAAAGAGGUUAGUGGGCCUUUUUUUUUUCCAGCUGGGAAGCAAGAGGUGAUUGGUGCACAGGGAAGGGGAGGGGGGCAUGCCUUCCUAGCAGGUGGACAUUUGAGGUGCGAUGUUUGAACUCUGACCUGACAGAGGAAGGACAAAGCAAAAAAAAAAAAAAAAACGGGCUGUUCCUCUUGAAGGUUUUUUGUUUUUUUUUGUGCUGUCAUCAUGGACAUCAACCUCCAGUCGCACCGCUUCUACUUCCCUCAGAUCUACUGUGCCGAGCCGGGGGCGCAACCGCAGCUGACGGAGUUCAAAGUCAGUGAGCAGAGCAUCUGCCAGGCGAGGGCUUCUGUCAUGGUCUACGACGACACCAGCAAGAAGUGGGUGCCCAUCAAGCCCGGCCAGCAGGGAUUCAGCCGCAUCAACAUCUACCACAACACCGGGAACAACACCUUCAGGGUGGUGGGCGUCAAGCUGCAGGACCAGCAGGUGGUCAUCAACUACUCUAUCGUCAAGGGCCUUAAAUACAACCAGGCCACGCCAACCUUCCACCAAUGGCGGGACGCCCGGCAGGUCUACGGCCUCAACUUUGCCAGCAAGGAGGAAGCCACCACCUUCUCCAACGCCAUGCUCUUUGCCCUCAACGUGCUCAGCGCUCAGGAUGGAGGUCCAGCUGUGCAGCGCCAAGUCCAGAACGGACCCACCUCAGAAGAGAUGGAAGCCCAGAGAGCCAGACAGAUGAUGGAGCAGCAGCAGCAGCAGCAGCAGCAGAUGCAGGCCCACAUGGAGCGAGAGCGCCGCUCCUCCAACUCAGGUUCUCCUUUCCAAGGCCAUCCUGCCGUGCUCUCUGUGGCGCCCCCUGUUGUGCCGCCCCCCUGCAACGCGGCUCCUCCUCCGCCGCCGCCACCCCCGGGGCCUCCGCCGCCUUCCGCCGGGGCGCCUCCGCCUCCCCUCCCUCCUCCGCUUCCGAGUCACGGGGAGGAGCCCGCGGCCCCGACGGGUCUCGCCGCCAUGAUUGCGGGCGCCAAGCUGCGCCGCGUUCAAAGACCGGAAGACGGAACUCCCACCGCCAAAAACGAGGUCAACCGGACGAGCGGAGGCAGUGGAGGACUGAUGGAGGAGAUGAACGCUCUCUUGGCGCGAAGAAGAAAAGCGGCGUCAGAGAAGCCGGAGGACAACCAGAACGAUGACCCCAAUUCUUCAUCGCCGAACACCAGGGGGGGUCACAACUCCACAGACGGUGCUAAAAAGCCCUGGGACCGAACCAACUCUGUGGACAGGUCCAUGGCUGCAAGGGUACGACCCGUGGGGAGUGCCAACGACACAGACUCGCUAGACAUGGAUCGAAUGAAACAGGAGAUCUUGGAAGAAGUGUUCCGUGAGUUGCACAAAGUCAAGGAAGAAAUAAUUGUUGCCAUUAGACAUGAACUCAGUCGAGUUAGCACGACAUAAUCUUCCAGAAACACACGCCUAUUUAAGCAGGAGUAGGACAAGGAGGAGGAGGAGGAGAAGGAGGAGAAGUCAGGCUCAAACUGUGACAUUCACUGUGGUGUUCAGGCGCCGCCAUGUUGCUGUGACACUUGUGAGUGACAAGUGUGUGUGACAUCGACUUUGUGCUUCUCCACGGAGCCGUGUGUGUGUGUGUGUGUGUGUGUGUGUGUGUGUGUGUGUGUGUGUGGAGGGACGCUGUACGAUUCUUACAUUUCUGUCUCUUUGUUCCCCACCUUGUUCCCCUGUCUCUGUUUGGCCUAAAGAACAUUAGAGAAUUCUAUAUAUUUGAAUUGUUUUAUGCUUUUCAAGAGUUUAUUUGACUUUUCUUUUUUUUACAUGUUUACGCUCAUUCGUAUUACCCUUACUAUCAUAUUUGUCAUUAUUGAUGUAUUCCUAGAGAAAUUGUAGUCAGUAAUAAUGAGGACAAUAUGAUAGUAAAGAUAAAACUAUGAUUGCACAUAUUUUAAAAUCAUUCUGUUUUAUAUUAUUCACGUAUGAACUGUACAAGCAAAUGUUUCUCAUCAUCUGACCUGUAUUUGUUUUAUAUUUGUAUUGGAUAUUAAUCUUUAUGGCCAACACAGCCAUGCAGCUCUGACCAACGACAAAACAUUGGGAGAACACUGCAUCAUUUUGAAGAAAAUAAUCAUAAUAAUUAACACACCGGAGUAUUUGUGAUCAUGUUGUCAAUAAUCAUUUAAAAAACUGUUUAUUGGCUGCCAGUAUUGUUCAUUUUAUUAUCUUUAUGACAAAGUGCUUCCUUGGUGGACAGUGAGACAAAGACAAAACGCACUGACUUUGAAAUGAAUUCAAAUAAAACUGUGAACAAUGUCUUGGAUAAUUAAGCCUCACUGUUUCAUUUAAU